UUACAACCAUAUUGGUCCCAAAAACAAAUAGUUUUAGUUCAAUAAGGUUCCAUUUGCAGAUGGAACCAUGUUAUUUAAAUGAAUUAUCUUUUUCAAUGCAGUAAGGUUCUAUCAGCUGAUGUAAAAGCCUGAUUCAAUGUAUUAAGGUUAUUUUGCUUGCGGUUUUCCUAGAAACUGUAAUAUUAUUUAUUGGGAUGUUUUAUAACUAAUAUGAGUUCCAUAAACGAUAGUGAAAUAUUAGAGGCACUAGAUGAUAGUGAAGAUCAGUGUGCUCCAAGAAAUCAGAGUUUCACUUCUGACAGGUAAGAAAUCUAACCUAAAAUAACCCAUACUGAUGUUUUGCUCUAAACCAUUAACAUAGAUAAAACAACAUUAAAACUGGUAAAUGGCUAUAUACCAGAAUCCAAAUUGAAUGCUAAAUUUGUGUAUUUUAUUCAAAUAGCUAUGAUUUUAUCAAUCAAAAUUUCUAUUAAAGUCUAUAGUGUUUUCAUUUGGUUAUAAUUCCAUUAGUUUUAUUCAUGUAUGUUCUGAAUUUUUUCUUUGAUUUUAGCAAUGCUGGUUCAGAGAGCAAUCUUGAUCAAUGUGUAAACAACAACUAUGUUCCUACAAAGGGUGAUCCCAAUGAACAAGGAGAUGACAUCCAAGAUGAACAAGUAGAAGAAUAUCCCACUGAAUGUGUAAACAUACUAGAUCCAAGUAACUCAGAAAUUAAUUAUGGUGCACACAAUAACCUUGAGCAAUAUAUGGAGGACAUCCAUGAAGAAACCGCAGAGGAUAACCAUGACAUCAUAGAGGACAAUCAUGAUGAAAUCACAGACAACAACCAUGAUGAAACCACAAAGGAUAAUUACUAUGACCAACUGGCUGAGGACAACCAUGAUCAACUCGCUGAGGACAGUCAUGACCAACUCGCUGAGGACAACCAUGAUAGGCAACUUUUUAGUGAUGAAGGGAACAUUUUUAUAGUCAUAACAGCAAAUCAAAACUGUGACGAAGUGCAAGAAGACUUUUUAAAUGUACUAGAUGGAACUGUAGUUACAAUUAUUGAAGAAGAUACACAAAGCAUUAAUGAAGGUGAUUUUGUCACAGAACUUUCUUCUAAUGAAUCAGUACAAACUUUGGUAUUUACUCCGGACAAGUCUCCUCACCCUACUCCUGAGGACGAACAAAAUUCAACAGACAAUCACUGA